AUGCGUAUUUCCGCUUUGACUCAGGGCACAACGAAUGGCCUUUUCAAGGUUACGGUCGAUGCAUCCACGGCAGAUGCGGUGCUAAUCAAGGUCUACGGAGAUGGCACGGAUAUCACCAUUGAUCGCGAGAAGGAACUCAGGGUGCACAAGCUCCUGGCUGAGCGUCAACUGUCUUCAUCACCACUGGUUCGCUUCAGCAAUGGACAUGCGUAUCAGUUCAUCUCUGGGCGAGUCUGCUCUGAAGGCGACAUGUCUGAGACAAGAAUUUUCCGCGGCGUCGCGAGGGAGCUGGCUCGGUGGCACGCGAUGCUUCCUACAGCGGACCCAAAGGAAGUCUUGACCUACAAACCAGGCGUUUGGUCCACCGCGAAGAAAUGGCUGGAUGCUAUCUCCAAACAUCCUCACCGAUCAAAGGCCGAAAUUGAUGAUUUGCAUGAAAAGUUCAAGUAUCUAGCUGAUGCCUUGUUGUCAACUGACGUGUCGGAGCCCUUGGUUCUCGCUCACGGCGACCUCUUGUGCGCAAACAUAAUUGUACAAGAGUCGGGUGAUGACAUUGAUGUCGCAUCAGUGCGGUUCAUUGAUUACGAACACGCCACAUACUGUCCUCGGGCCUUUGAACUAGCAAAUCAUUUCGCUGAAUGGACCGGUUUCGACUGCGACUACAAUCUUCUCCCCAAGACAUCAACCCGACGCGCCUUCAUCGCAGAGUAUCUCACGACCCACGCCGAACUCUGUCGGGAGCACAACAUACCGACUGUCAAUGAUGCUUCUGUGGAUCAUCUAAUGCGUCAGGUCGACGAUCACAGAGGCUUUCCUGGGUUCUACUGGGGUCUCUGCGCUCUCAUCCAGGCUGAGACAGCGACCGGAACUAUCGACUUUGACUACGCGGGGUAUGCGGCCAAGCGCUUUGCAGAAUACGAGAGCUGGCGUAGUGUGCGGGAGGGAAACAGCCCGUCUCUGCCCCUUAGGGAGCAAGUCUGGUCAAUGCCGUGA